AUGUCAUUUAAAGCACAAACAUUCACGAAUAAAUCUAAUGGUGAAACAUUCACAAAAGGAACUUACAAUGGUAUAGAAGUCUUACGUAGAGAUAAGGAUGGCUACAUUAAUGCAACAAAGAUGGCAAGAGAAGCUGGAAAGUUAAAUCAUCUCAACAGAUUCCUCAAAAGUGUUAAGAUGGAGGUAUCGUGCUGA